GUAAUGUAUUAUUAUGAUAUGUAGAAAUUAAGAAAGACGGAGAGAGAUGGAGGUGAUGGAUUAUGUCGGCCAAAUUUGGAUUUAUCUUAAAGGCAGAUUAACGUGGCGGCCGUGCCCAGACGACAGAAUAGCAGCCAAGUAGGAAACAAAGGUAGCCAAACCUCUUCAUAUCUCUUUACAUAUUACGCUACACUAAAUAUUAUAUAAGUAAAACCAUAGCUCGAGAAGCAACCGUUUUAGUAUUUUUAGUAUUGACAACAGAAUCUUUCUGGGUUCUUGUUUUUCUUUUUUACAAGACACCAAACCAAAUCUUUAACUUAGUACUUUUAGUUGUUAAAAUUAACCAUGGAAGGAGGGUGCUGUACAUCGUCAACAAGUACUCCAAGUUCAACUUCAACAGCAACCACAGAGAAACGGAAGCAUAGCAGGCAACAAAACCAAGAGAAGCCAUACAGAGGGAUAAGGAUGAGGAAGUGGGGUAAGUGGGUAGCAGAAAUUAGAGAACCAAACAAGAGGUCUAGGAUUUGGCUUGGGUCCUACUCAACACCAAUAGCUGCAGCUCGUGCAUACGACACGGCUGUUUUCUAUCUGCGAGGCCCUUCUGCUAGGCUUAAUUUCCCUGAUUUGAUAUACCAAGAAGAUGAGCUGCGAGAUGUGUCUGCUGCUUCUAUACGCAAGAAAGCCACUGAAGUUGGGGCUAAAGUGGAUGCCUUACAAACCGCUGUCCAUGCAUCACCAGAAGAUAACUCACGAGUGUUACUUUCAGAGAAACCUGAUUUGAACAAGUUCCCAGAAAAUUCUGAUGAAGAGUGAUCAAAACAAGAUCGUUGAUUAGCAGUUAUAAUUAACUGUCUGUAUCUUCUUUUUUAAUAAGUCUAUCAAGAUCUUUUUGGUUAGCCAAGGCGCAUAUGUAGCCGGAGAAAAUUUCUGGCAGAAAAGAAAUUAAGUCGUAGUUGAAUCAGUACGUAUCAGUAAUAGAUACUGUCAAAAAUGAGUUCUAGUGAUGAUGAUCGAUCACUGGUAACUGCAGUGUUGUGUGAUAUGUUUGUACCGUUGUAAUAAUUCCAAAUUAAGAGUUGUGAUGAUGAGGGGAGGAAGAAGAAUGGCCAUGGAAGGUGGGGAUAUAAAGAAACAGCCAUGGCCUACCUUUCCCUCUCUUAACAGCGAUGAAGCUAGCGUAAUUUGAAGUUUCCAAGCAAAAGAAAUCAAGUAGAUAAGGAGAUAAGGCAAGAGCUUAGCACCAAGCUGUGGCACUUGUGACGUGCCUGUGGACACCACAAAGCACAAUGACAUACACACUGCUGUAUGAGAGCAAGUGGUCCUUAAUCAGAAGGUGGUCGCCUUCAUGGGAUGGUGGAAAGCUUACGAAAGGUUGUUUGUUGGAAGUUGAUGGGGGUGAUGAAAGCCAAAGGUGGGCGGUGAGUGGGUUCUCAGUUUCCUUCUUUUCUAGUAUAUGUUUUUUAAUUUGUUUGUUGCUUUGGCUAUACAUGCAUUUAGCUCUAGCUGCUGUCAAAUGCUGGUGCAUGUGGAGGCCUUGCCUGUGAAGUGUGCGAGGACCAUUUAUAUAUAUAAUAUAUGAUAGGGUUUCCCUCAA